AUGCGUUUCUCUACCAUUCUGUCUCUCCUGCCUUUGGCCCUCUCCGUUGGAGCUAUCCAGGUCACCGAGCCCUCCAAGGGCGACGACCUCGAUCUGUCCAAAUCUUUCACCGUGAAAUGGACAUCCGUUAACACCGACGCCUCCACUGUUGACAUCGUCCUUGUCAACAAUGCCGUCUACCCCCCUUCCGGUUUCCAGAUCAACCUGCUCUCCACUGAGGCCAAGAACACCGGCAUCCUCGCUCAGUCCGAGCAGUUCAAUGUGACCGCCGAGAGCUCCUCCAGCUCUACUACUACCGGUACAUCUUCCACUGUCUCCUCCUCUUCUACUGCCUCGACCUCUGUUGUCUCCACUGGUGCCUCCACCACUGAAACCGAGGCUUCCACUACUGGUACUUCCACCCCGGACGUGUCUAUCAUCAAACCCUCCCCCACCGGAACCCUUACCUCUGGCUCCCUUACUACUGGUCUCCCCACCCCUGGCAAGCACAGCACUGAUACCUCUGUCCGUACAGCUACCGGAACUUCUACCGGAACUUCUACCGGAACUACCACUAGCACCACUACCGGUCUGACCACUAGCACCACUACCGGUCUGACCACCAGCACUUCCACCACCACCAGCACUUCUACCAGCUCUGCCUCUCCCUCUGCCUCCAGCGGUGCCGCUAUGGGUCUGGUUGCCCCCGCUACCGCCGCUGGUCUUCUGGCUGGUGUCCUCGCUCUCCUGUAA